AUGGAUACUGUAUGGACAUAUAGCAGCCUUUUACCCUUUCGCAAGGAGGAUGUACCAGUGAUACAACAAACAGAAUUCGAAAACCAAGGCUCAGCAAUUGUCAAUCUAAACUACAAUAGUGCAACUGGUGUGUCGAUAUAUUGUUGUGGUACACCCGUCGGCACCGACGAGGGAAAUGGCACGGACUGCCAGUAUGGCUACGAUAGCUUCGCUUUCGCGACCAUUCUCGCUGGAUACAAUGCUCUUGCCGACUAUACCAAUACAUCAUCAUCGACCAAUUCUUCAAGUGUCGCUCCAAACUCGUCUUCAGGACCCCCCACUGGCUCACAUGAUGUCGCCCUGGGCGUCGGCCUGGGUGUCCCGCUCGGAAUCAUUGCUCUUGGCUCGCUGCUCUGGGCAUUCGGGGAGAGGAGGCGGGCGAAUCAACUAAGUAGAGCCCUGGCGGCUAGUAACAUUCCAGCCCAAGCCUUUGCCGGUACCUCGCAGUCUCCUCAAUCGCGUCUCGUGACCGAACGGUCUGGACUCAGAGAGCUGGACGGUACUUGGCAACCCCCAAGAAAUGCCAGCCAAAUGAGAGACUGGGCAAAAUACCAGCACUGGAGAAAGAAAUUGCGAGACUCCCAAUGA